AUGCCUACACUUUCAAAACUUGCGUACUUUCUCGGAUUACCAGUUCUGAAUGCAAAUUGUUACGAGACUUUUCAUACGUGGUCGCCAAAUUGCAAUCAGGCGAUACUGGAUGCUCUUCCUGACGGGAUGCUUUUCUCCCUCAAAACCUAUGCACCGCUUUACUUGGUUGGUUUCCUGGUUUUCGAGAUAACUGCACUUAUCUCAAAGCAGGGAGAUUUUCGGAGGAUUGAGUGGAAGCGGCGUGCUAUUGGUUUUUUCACUCCUAUUACUAUGGGUUUUGUUGGUGGUUUGUUCGCAAGUUUUUUAUCAUUGUUAAUUGAAAAACGAAAUCGCUGGCCAUCCCUUGCACUAUACUUGACCAACUUAGCAUCUGAAACUUCCUUUCGUCAUUUGAUUAACCAAGGAUAUGUGCGUAAAAUCAGUAAAGGAGAAGUUAUACCAUUUGCCAUUGGAGUCGGCCUGUUCUCAUACCUUUACAGCGCUGAAAAACUUGAUGAGAAUACGAGAAAGGUGUUCAAUAACUAUGCCACUGGUCUCGGUGCCAGUGUCAUCCUCACAAUACUUCGAAACAUUCUGUUCUUGGCAUCGAAUCCGUUGAGGAUUAUGGAGCAGUUAUUCUCCAGAUCUACAUUAAGGAUUCCUAUUUUCUUUGGUUUAAUGCCGUGUGUGUUCCAUGGUGUUCGUUGCGUACUUAAUCGGAUAUGUGCGUCUCACACGGCUCGGAACGUUACUGCAGGCACCGCGUCGGGAUUAGCAAUGUUAGCAUUUCCCAAUGUUUCCAUUUCUAUGUACGUCAUUUGGAAAGCCAUUGAGACGAUAUACUACGAUUUGUUUGAGCAGGGCCGAAUUCAGCCUAUACCUUAUGGUGAUUUAUUACUUUACACCAUAUCAACUGCAUUUGUUCUCUGGAAAAUAGUUAUCGAACCUCAAGCGAUACGCGAAAGCUACUUUAAAUUUAUACUGUCACUCACAGGAAAUAGAAUGGCAUUGUUAAAUCGUGAUCUCUACAAGCACUUUGGUAGCCAGUCACAACUACUAUUUCGCUGUCGGCCAACUCUAAACAACAAAUAUGUCACAAUUAAUCCGAUGCUGUACCAGCCGAUAUCAGGUUUAGAAAGAUGA